CUUUUAUCUAUUGUCUCUCUUAAUCACUUGUUAUUACCCCUUUUAUCUAUUGUCUCUCUUAAUCACUUGUUAUUACCCCUUUUAUCUAUUGUCUCUCUUAAUCACUUGUUAUUACCCCUUUUAUCUAUUGUCUCUCUUAAUCACUUGUUAUUACCCCUUUUAUCUAUUGUCUCUCUUAAUCACUUGUUAUUACCCUUUUUAUCUAUUGUCUCUCUUAAUCACUUGUUAUUACCCUUUUUAUCUAUUGUCUCUCUUAAUCACUUGUUAUUACCCCUUUUAUCUAUUGUCUCUCUUAAUCACUUGUUAUUACCCUUUUUAUCUAUUGUCUCUCUUAAUCACUUGUUAUUACCCCUUUUAUCUAUUGUCUCUCUUAAUCACUUGUUAUUACCCCUUUUAUCUAUUGUCUCUCUUAAUCACUUGUUAUUACCCCUUUUAUCUAUUGUCUCUCUUAAUCACUUGUUAUUACCCUUUUUAUCUAUUGUCUCUCUUAAUCACUUGUUAUUACCCCUUUUAUCUAUUGUCUCUCUUAAUCACUUGUUAUUACCCCUUUUAUCUAUUGUCUCUCUUAAUCACUUGUUAUUACCCCUUUUAUCUAUUGUCUCUCUUAAUCACUUGUUAUUGCCCCUUUUAUCUAUUGUCCCUCUUAAUCUCUAUAUUGUUUCAUGUUGGUAUAUAUUUUGUUAUGUUUUAUUCUCUUGCCAAGAUACAAGUGAACGUCGCCAAUUCUCUCAGCGAGAAGCACUCGUUGGAGAAUGGCACUCCGCAAGGCUCUGUUAUUAG